UGAAACCUCAGCCACCUUCUACUGGAACAAGGCAGCAGGUCUGGUGUCUUGUUCCCUCUUGUUCCUCAACGUCAUAUUGAGGGAAUAAGUUGGUGAUCAAAAUAGCGAAUGUGACGCUUGCGUGCGCAUUCAUUUUCUUGUCUUGCAUCAACAAAAACUAGCCAUCUUCUUUGGUUAGCGACUCUGUGGUUGUACCAGACUUUCUGUCUGUCCACUUUUCCGGCGCUAGUAGGAGGAAGGUCCGGCUGAAGUCCAUGGUCAAGGCCCGACCUACAUCCACGCGACUCUUCCUUUCGACCUUACAUCAUCAACCACAAUCAUGUCGUACGAUCUCGAAUCCGGGCGCCGCGGCGGCGGCUACAGUGACGACCCUGCUUUCCAAGAACUUCAAUACGAUCUCAAGAGCAAGCUUCAAACCCUCCUCAGCAGCAAUCGAAAGCUCGCCAACGAUGUUAAUGUCCUGGGAACACGAAAGGAUACCCCGCGCCUGCGGGAACGAGUCCACAACAGCAUGGAUAAGACGAGAGAUAUGUGCAGAGAGAUCGGCGAGGGCGUCAAGCGUCUUCAAACUUGGGAAGAAUUGACAAAACAACAAAAGUACGAGCAAACAAAGGUCUCGAGCGACUUCCAAGCAGCGCUCCAAGAAUUCCAAAGCCUUCAGCGAAAAGCCCUCGAAAAAGAGCGCGCAUCCGUUACCGCCGCCCGUGCGGCACAGGAGGGCGAACACGCCGAAGGUCCCCAGUCUGGCAAUCAGCUUGAGCAACUACAGCAACAAGAACAAGUCUCCCAGCUCGCACCCCAAGACGAGGUCGACUUCCAGGAAGCCCUGAUCAUUGAGCGUGAGGAGGAGAUCCGCAACAUUGAGCAGGGUGUCGGCGACUUGAACGUUCUCUUCCGACAAGUGGCGCAAAUCGUCAAUGAGCAGGGAGAGCAGCUUGGAACGAUCGCAGACAAUGUUGAGAACGUCCGCGACGACACGCGGCAAGCUGAUGUUGAGAACCGACAGGCCGCGCGGUAUCAGAAGGCAGCCCGCAACAAGAGCUGCUGCCUGUUGCUGAUCCUCGCCGUCAUUUUGACCAUUGUUAUUCUGGCUAUUGUCCUUGACUAGAUUAUUAGAGCGCAGCGUCUGACGAUUAUGGGUGGCCCGUUCUUGUUCUUGAGGCGUCUAUCGGA